AUGACUGUUGUUUCUAAUCUUACAUUCAAUGGGCACCCAACUGUUCUUCUUACAUAUGCUACCAGUAGUGGUCCAUUUGAAUCUGAAGUUGUUCUGAGAAGAGAUAUCACAAACAUCACUAUUGUUCCUAGUCAGAGAAACUCCUUCUGGCCAGUUGCUUCAAGAGAAAGACAACAACAUAUAUUUGCUGAAAUGGGACUUAUUAACUAUCAUGGAAUGCAUAUUGAUUGGUUAACAGCUCAGCAAGCAAGAGAGAAAGUUAGGCUUUCAACUCUCUCAAAUAUUAGUAAUAGUACUAAUAGUUUAGGAAUAGAUGACCUUCUUACAGAUAUUAGCAACAUUGAACUUGAUGAUCUAGAACCUACAUAUUUAAGAGAAAAUACUGAUCUCAAGCCAGCUAGAUACAAAGUUGCUUAUAACAUACUUCAUGCUGGAGAUGAGUUCCUAAGGAUUGCCUUUCUACUAUCUAGAUAUUUCUAUGAUUGGAGAUCAGUCAGAAAUGGUUAG